AUGAAGAUGUCAACAACUGCGAUCUGCUUUGAGCUGUUGUUGUUGGCUAGCUGCUUGCUGUUUUCUAGUGUCUUUCCUGUCGCAUUUGGGGCGAAAACUCCCAGGAUUCACCCGAAUGAGAAGAAUUUGCUGAAGCGGAUUUCUACCAAACUGAACAUAGAUUGGAACUUCGAGUUGGACCCCUGCAGCAGAAUCGGAAACUGGAGUUUUCAGGGAGAUAAAAGCGUCGAGAGAAAGGUCGACUGCGACUGCUCCUUCAAUAGCAACUCCGUGUGCCACAUUGUUAACAUUUCGCUGAAGGCCCAGAAUCUUUCGGGCGCCAUCCCUAAAGAGUUUGGUAGUCUUCGCUACCUCCAACAAUUGGAUUUGAGUCGCAAUGUCCUCAAUGGCACCGUUCCUGAUGAAUGGAAGAAUAUGCGGCUGCAAGGCUUGUCCUUAAUGGGGAACCGCCUCUCUGGGCCAUUUCCGCUUGUCCUCACAAAGAUUACCAGUUUAACUAAUGUUUUGGCGAGGAGAAUGGCUGAUAAUUGCUUUAUGCAGAAGCAUUGA